AUGUUUAGAAUGCGCCGAUACCGGGUUUUCCUGGUCUUUGCUGUCAUUGCAGUCGGUGCAUUAUACCAUUUCACAACCUUAGGCGGUCUCGAGAGCGCGGGUGCGGCGAGCGUCGAGGGGCUUAAGAACUUUGGCCAAAAGAUUGAAUCUUCCUCUCCACCAGCUUCGAAAUCAGAGCAAGAUUCAGAUAGUGAAGAAAGAUCGAAUGCCAAAGAUAUCAAUGCGCCCAUAGCUGUGCAUAGUCUCGCAGACUCGGGGACUGCAAGGCCAUCUAUUGCCGCAGCACAGGAGCCGGAGUCCCGAGCCAAACCAACAUCUCUCGUGAAGUCAGCUUCUAGAUAUGGCGAUUCGGUCGCUGGGGACAAGCCUCUAUCAGCAGGCAAGGUUGCCCCAACUGCUACGUCUACACCCGCCAACAAGACAACAAAAGUCGAGACUGGCCCAGCAGACCCCAUCAUUGAACCCGAGAGUGGGAAAGGCAGAAUGGAGAUAAUUGCGGAGACAGGCAUCCCCAAGAUUCACUGGAGCCAGCAGCCAGAGCACUUCCCUAUCCCGACCGAGGACAUUAUACAACUACCUACAGGGAAGCCGAAAGCAAUUCCACAGAUUCAGCACAAAUUCACAGCCGAAUCUGCAAGCGAUAAGGCAGCUCGAGAAGACAAAAGAGAAAUCAUCAAAAAGGCCUUCUCAUUCUCUUGGGAUGGAUACAGAUCGAAGGCGUGGAGGCAAGACGAGUUGUCCCCAAUAUCUGGCAAGCAUCGCAACCCAUUUUGCGGAUGGGGCGCAACACUGGUAGAUACUUUGGAUACAUUGUGGAUGAUGGACUUGAAGGACGAAUUUGAGGAAGCUGUAGACGCUGUCAAGGAGAUAGACUUCACUACAAGUGCGAGGAACGACAUACCGCUGUUCGAGACCGUUAUUCGAUAUCUUGGAGGCCUUGUUGCUGCGUAUGACAUAAGUGGUGGCACAUAUAAAGUACUUUUGGAUAAAGCCGUGGAGUUGGCGGAUAUCCUCAUGGGUGCCUUUGACACACCAAACCGCAUGCCUAUGACCUUCUAUAUGUGGAAGCCCACCUUCGCCUCUCAGCCUCACCGAGCAAAAACGAGAGUCGUUCUUGCGGAGUUGGGGUCUCUAUCAGUUGAAUUCACGAGGCUUGCACAGAUCACGAAAGAGGCAAGGUAUUAUGAUGCAGUUGCUCGAAUUACCAAUGAGUUUGAGAUCUGGCAGAAUGACACCAGAAUGCCUGGCCUAUGGCCCCUGAAAGUCGAUGCCUCGGGAUGCAAGAAACCAGAGCAGGCUCCACAAACGAAAUAUGACCAUCCGACAAGGAAAGGACCCACAAAUUUGAAACCGCUGCUAAUUGCCGAGGAUAAAGCUGCAGCGGCAGAUAGUCCGAGUCUCUUAGAUGAAGGCCCGGCGAGGAGAAUCAAGGCUGAGGAGGAUCUCCAGUCAAAAAGUGAGGGUGGUCUUGUGGACGCAGUGGAUGAGGUGAGGAAAGCGGGAGCAAAGAGUCCAGCAGAAUCAAAAAGCGCAUUUUUGCCUGAAGCUCCUGAUAGUAGCGUCGAAGCAGCCACGCAUGUCAACCACGAAUCGCAUGAUUCCGCUCAGAAGUCUUCUGCCGCCAGUGCUUUGGUAAAGAGAGAGGUCUCCACGGACCCUGUUUCAAAACCCGCAGAGUGUGAGCCGCAAGGCCUCGCAUCACCGCCGUACACAUCGAGCGAAGAAUUCGGAAUUGGUGGCCAGGCGGAUUCUAUGUACGAAUACCUGCCAAAAGAAUACAUGCUUCUUGGAGGCUUGGAAGAGAAGUAUCGAGCUAUGUACGAGAUGGCGGCAGACAGCACCAUCAAGAAUCUCUUGUUUCGCCCCAUGAUACCCAACGAGAAAAGACAUAUUUUACAUGCAGGUUUAGCCAAGGUCGCCGAGAGAAAGAAUCCUACCGACGAUAAGGUCGACCUAAAGCCGGAGGGAACACACCUCACUUGCUUUGCCGGGGCUAUGUUCGCCAUUGGUGCCAAGGUCUUCGAUCGCGAGGAUGACAUGGACAUCGCUUGGAAGCUUACAGACGGAUGUGUGUGGGCCUAUGAAGCAACGAACACAGGUAUUAUGCCCGAAAGCUAUUUAGCUAUUCCUUGCCCAGAUGUGGACAGUUGUCCAUGGAACGAAACGCUGUGGCAUGAAUCGCUCGACCCUUUCGGUGACUUGCGUGAGAAAAACCGAAUCUCGAGGCAGCAAGCUGUCUUAAGCUCCAAGAAAAAAGCGCCCCUCGACGAACCUGUAGGAAAGGGAGAUAAGACAUCUCAGACUAAAGUCACCAAGGCCUCGUCCAUUCCGGGACUGAUCAGCUCUCAAACGAAAGGGUCAAUUGGUAAGAAAGGUGAUGCACAAUUCGUUGAAAGUGCCAUCUCCGAAUCGAAAGUAGACAAGUCUAUAAAGCCAAAAGCUGCUCUCUUGGAAGGAGAGAUUGAUGAGCUCAUGACCAAGGCCGGAGAAGCUGACGCUUCUUCAAAGUAUCUUCACAAAAGGCAACUUGGAGACUUCAAUGAAGAGAACCCAAUUGCCUCUGCAGGAGGAAAGGCUGUACCAACAGCGGCAGCGAUUCCCAAAGAACCGAAGGACACAGUCACAGAAUCGACUAUCAAGACAAAUGAAGAGUCCAUGGUUGAGGAGACUUCCGCGGAACAACACUUGGACAAAUCAAAGGCGCCUACCCUAGGUCUCAAGGACAAAGCAACAGGGUUGAAACACUCCAACGGCACAACCAAACCUACGGUUUACACCCCACCACCAAUUCCUACACGCGAGGAGUUCGUGAAGGCUAGGAUCAGCGAUGAGAGAUUACCAGCAGGGAUGACCAAGGUUACGGGCGGCAGAUAUCUCCUCAGACCAGAGGCGAUUGAAUCCGUUUUCGUCAUGUACCGCACCACCGGCGACGAGUACUGGCGCGAAAAGGGUUGGGAGAUGUUCAAGGCCAUCGAAAAACAUACCAUUGCGACCUAUGGCGCUUCCGCGAUAUCAGAUGUUACGAGCAAGAAGCCAGUGGCCUUGGAUGAAAUGGAGAGCUUCUGGUUGGCGGAGACGCUCAAAUAUUUCUAUCUCUUAUUCAGUGAGCCUGAUGUGGUCAGUCUGGAUGAUUAUGUGCUGAACACAGAAGCACAUCCAUUCAAGAGGCCGACAUGA